AUGUUCAGAUUUCGGCUCCCAAGCAGAAUGCGAUUUAUUAGAGUAAAAGCUACCGAUUAUUAUUUAUAUGCAUGGGUGAAUGGUGCUUGUGGUGAUGCUGCUGAUACUUCAACCUUUACCAAAGAUACCUGUUUUUCAAGAACCUAUUACAAUUACAAAUAGAAAUCCGAAAGUAGAUUUUUUGCUUGCGAUAAUAAUGAUGAGAUUGGCAAUUCAUUGAAUUUGGGAGCAUUUAUCCUAUUAACCUUAAUUGCAUGA